AUGGAAAUCGACUUGAAGGAAGAACUGAAUAGAAGAAUGACAGCAGCAUGGGCAGCAUUCGCACCCGUCAGGGAAGCUACGGACCAACUGACGGAGCAGGAUCUCCGCUCCCAUCUGUUUGACUCGACAGUUCUCCUGAAGUUUAACCGGCGCAUACAACACCUAGCCGGUCUUCGCAGCUCCGACUUAGGAGAAAUGUCUCGUCUUCGCGAUCCUGCGGAAUUUAUAUCGAAAGCAAAGCAUAAUGAGGUCGGUCACAUUACGAGAAGAAUCGACGAUAAUUGGACUAAAAGAACGCUGGAGUGGAUCUCAAGAGAUGAAAACGCCCUCAAAGGAGACCGAGAUGGGGCGACGUGCUCGCUACACGGAUGUACCAGCUGA